CGACCGCGGCGGCGGCGGCUGGACGGACUCGGAGCUGGGAGCCCCGAGCGAGCAGCAGCGGCUCCGGCGCCCGCUCGGCGCGCUCACCUCGAAGAUGCAUUUCAUUUUCUCCAAUGAGGUGGUGCUUCUGUUUGAUUUUUGGAGUGUCCACAGUCCUGCAGGCAUGGCCCUUUCCGUGCUGGUGGUCCUGUUCCUGGCCGUGUUGUACGAAAGUAUCAAGGUUGGCAAAGCCAAGCUGCUCCACCAGGCUGUAGUGAGUGUGUCCGUCCUCUCCAGCCAGCAGCUCACUGAGGAGACAGACCAGGAUUCUUCAGCCUCAGACUCGGCCCCGGUCAGCAGAGCCCGCCUCAGGUGGUUUUUCUGUCACUUUGGCCAGUCUCUAAUCCAUGUCGUUCAGGUGGUCAUAGGCUACUUCAUGAUGCUGGCUGUCAUGUCCUACAACACCUGGAUUUUCUUCGGCGUGAUCCUUGGCUCUGCUGUAGGAUACUACCUAGCCUACCCACUUCUCAGCAUGGUUUAGCUGGUGAGGGCUCUG